AUGUCCGGGGAGCCGGGGUCCGUGCAGGACAGGGCGUGGGGCAGCCAGGCCGGGAAUGCUGCGGGGGGCGCACCUCUUUCAGGAAAAUCCAAGGUGUAUCAAGGUGUUCGAGUAAAGAUCACUGUGAAAGAGUUAUUACAGCAGAGGAGAGCACGACAAGCAGCAACUGAUGCCACUGUUUCCCGAGGCAGCAGUAGUGUCCAGUUUCCAGAAUCUGUUUCUUCUCCCUGCACAGCACCUUAUUUUGAUGCAGAACCUAUCUCUUCUGCCCCCAACUAUUUCCAGCCACGGCAGUUUCCAAAUUGCAUUUCCUGUGAAGAAAACCCAAGUUAUUUGGAGCAACUUGUUGAUACCUAUCUUCAGACAGAGCCGCCCAUGGACCCAUCCCUGAGUGCUCUACAGACGUCUACCUACUAUAACCCAGACACCUUCCAGUCAACCCCUCUCUGUUUUAACCAGAGCCUGGUUCCUGGAUCUCCUGCCUCGUCUGACCUGUCCAGCCCAUUAGACUAUAGCUACUCCCCACCUCAGCUGCCUCCUUUUCCUCCACUGAACUACAGCCCUCUUUCUCCUCUAGACACCACGAACUACGGCUAUCCUCUAGAGGAGUGCUCACAUCCGCAGUACAGCUGCUCCCCCUCGGCCUGUUACUGCUCAUCCUGUGCCUCAGAGCACUUGGAUACAUUCAGAAUAUCAGAGUAUUUCCCCUACCCAAGUGCAGACUGUAUGGACUGUCCUGGCACCGUGACAAUGGCAGAUGACUUCUUUAGAAGGGAUAGAAACUACGACAUCUGCUACAGUUAA